CAGAGUAACACAUCGACGGCUGUGCACUCAGCCCGGCGGAAAAAAAAGAGGCGGGUAUAAUGAUGUCCUUUACUUUCACCAAGUCCGUCUCUUGAAGAAACGCCUGUUAAAAUCCUUUUUCUUAAAAAAAAAGGGUUCGCAAUGGCAACGGAAUUUAGUUCGAAAGCCGUAUGGCAAUUUCUUUCGGAGAAAGGAGGGAAAGUGGAGAGUGCGGAGCUUCUGGAACAUUUCAAAGCUUUUUUGAACGACCCUAAGUCGAGGGAAAACGCUCGAGGACUGUUCAAAGAGUUUGUGAACAAAGUGGGGCUAGUGGUCCAAGAAGGUGGGGUGAAGUACAUAUGUUUAAAGAAGAAGUACCGGAGUAAAAUGGACUGGUCUGAAGCGUCUGAUAGUGGUCGGGGUCAUGGAAGGAAAGAGGAUGGCGGUGGAAUGGAAAAUGGUGACAGGCAAUGUGUAGCAAUCAGCCUCGAAUCAUCCUCACGAUCACCAAAACAAGGCUCAGGUGAUGGAGCUUUGAUAGAACCCUCCAAAUCGGUCUCAAACCCAGGGAUUGAAUGCGACAGUUUGGACAACUCAUGUGCUGAAGAAUGCAACGAAAGUAAUCGGACUGUAACCGUGGAGCAGCGAAGUAUUCAACAAGAUGGGCGAAUAGCAUGGCACGCCCAUACAAAUGACACUCCCAAACACUGCAUUUCAUCAAAUAUCAAUUCAACCAUGUCAAAUAUAAACAUAGAAAGGGGGAAUCAUAUUCAAGCGGAACAUAAACAUAUAGCAAAAUUGGUGACCGAAUCCUUUCAAGCAAGUGUUGAUUUGGGCGAAAGCUUGCCAAAUCCAGAUCUCAGUCAAGCUGUUCCAAAUGUUAAAGAUGGUGCAGAUCUACUCGCCGAUACCUAUAAUUUACUGAACAUCUCACAGCCUGACAGUGACGGAAAGAGUACAGAAACCUGGAAAUCAUCGGAAUGCCCCGCAAAACAGACACCAGCAUCUAAGGAACUGGGAAAUGUGGAUUACAGCGUGCACAAUAUAAAACCGAAGAAUGACAGUGUAAGAUUGUCUGCAUUUCACAGCAACUUUUCAUCCGCCCAAGUCAGGACGAGCCCUGAUAUUAAUACCAGAAGAUCUUCGCGAAAGCGUUUACAGCGUAGCCUGGCGGUAAAUAGGUCAAGCAGCGUAUGUGAUGAAGGAAACGCAGGUGAGAACUCGACCGAUGCAUCUGGUGCUAACAGUGAAAGCUUAAGUACACCCAGAUCGAGCAGGAAGAAUUUUAGAGAAUUGAUGAUUAGUGGUUCACCCCAACUAAGACACAGCGUGGUUUAUAGCAACUCUGUUGUCGUUUUCCCAAAUAUUAGAGAUUCGGGAGUCGGUAGAAACGAUAUUGACUCCUCCUGUUUGACUUCCUCAAAACUGGAUGAUGAAGAUGGUGGAUCGGUAGCACUUGAUCCCUUGGAACACGAGUGGAUGUUACAUGCCUCAGAAGGCAAGUGGGAUAGUAUCGAGGCAUUACUGGCAGCUGAUCCUAGUCUAAUCACGUGGAAAGAUUUUGUCACAGGAUUUACGUGCAUUCAUUGGGCAGCAAAACACGGUAAACCGGAAUUGUUGGCAAUGCUUGUCAAUUACGCAAGAAAACAUAAUAUUCCGAUCAAUAUUAAUAUUCGAUCUAGUGGCGGUUACACUCCUCUGCAUUUGGCUGCCAUGCAUGGGCACACGGAAGUAGUGAAACUGCUGUCUGGUGCAUAUGAUGCUGAUGUAGAUAUUAGGGACUACAGUGGGAAAAAAGCAUGGCAAUACCUGGGCCAAAACAUUUCUGAAGAAUUGAGGAAUCUCAUUGGUGCAUCUAGGAGCUCUGACCCUGAAAGCACAUUGCAGAAUGGGAAUGGACGUUGGAGAAUAUCGAAAGUUCUUCCCGCCAAUUUGACAUACAAAUUGACCAGUGCUUCUGAAGAAGAGGUUUAUUAUGAUGGCGCACCUGCAAAAGUAAUCAACUGGAAAACUUCAGCUAAUAAGAUGAAGUUUAAUAGAAUAAGGUUUAAAACACAGAUUAUUCAGUCUUCACCCUCGCUUCGAGGACAAGGUGAUCAAAGAGAUCCCAAAAGUGUAUUGAAACUAAGACCCAAAUCAACUAUCUUUGGAUAAAAAUAUUAGAAGCAAAAAAUUCUAAGAAUCAGAUGACAAUUAGACAUAACUUAUUUUCUUUUAACCACAUUACACUUCAUACAUAAUAUGGUUAAUUUGAAUAUUUUCACCUUGGGUAAAAAUAUUUUGUGGAUGCCAUGUGAUUUUUGUGUUUGGAAAGGAAUGGAGGACUUGAAUUCAUUUUGUUUGUACUUGCAUUCAAAACAAUGACACUUUCUAUUUGUAAACGUAACUGCACAUAUGAAUCAUCUCUUUUGAGGUAAAAUAUGCUUUGUUUACUAAUGUGUUGCUAUUUUAUUGUUAUUAAACAUUGGAAAGAAAAAUAA